CUGCGGCGGCGGCGGCGGCGGCAGUAGCGGCAGCGGCGAGGCGGCGGCGGCAGCGCUCCAGCUCGCUCCUCGCUCCGGGCUGCGCCGUCGAACCGGGAGAGAAGCCUCGCCAGUGGCCAGGCACCGGGCGGACGACGCCAGCGACCCGGCCCUCGGCGGCACCGCGCUCAGCAGGGGCGGCACAGGCACCCAGAGCCGGACUCCAAGAUGGGAGGCAAACUCAGCAAGAAGAAGAAGGGCUACAAUGUGAAUGACGAAAAGGCCAAGGACAAAGACAAGAAGGCCGAGGGCACGGGGACCGAAGAGGAGGGGACCCCCAAGGAGAACGAGCCCCAGGCGGCAGGCGAGUCCACUGAGACCCCCGAAACCAAGGAGGAGAAGCCCGACAAGGAGGCCGGGGACGCCGAGGGCAAGGCUGAAGACAAGGAAGGCGACAAGGAGGCGUCGGCAGCCGCUGAGGGGGCUCCCAAGGCCGAGCCUGAGAAGACGGAGGGGGCCGCCGACGAGCAGCCCGAGCCGACCCCGGCACCCGAGCAGGAGCCCACGGCCAGCUCCGGCCCCGCUGCCGGCGGCGAGGCCCCGAAAGCUGCUGAGGCUGGGGCGGCGGUGGCUGCUGCUGCUGCUGCACCUGCUCCGGCCGAAGGCACUGCGGCCCCUGCCGGGGACGACGCCGGCAAGGAGGAAGGGGAACCCAAAAAGACUGAGGCUCCCGCAGCUCCUGUCACCCAGGAAACGAAAAGUGAUGGGGCCCCAGCUUCAGACUCAAAACCUAGCAGCACUGAGGCUGCCCCCUCUAGCAAGGAGACAGCAGCAGCCACAGAAGCACCUAGUUCGACACCCAAGGCCCAGGCACCUGCAACCCCGGCAGAAGACGCGAAGCCUGCCGAGGCCCCGGCUGCUAAUUCGGAUCAAACCGUAGCCGUGAAGGAGUAGGGACAAGGACAGCCUAUGGGAAAGAUAAUUCUGCUUAACAAAACAAUCUCUCUCCUCUUGCUGUCUCUGUCUCUCUUUCCUCCCCCUUCUCUCCCUCUGCACCCUCUCACUCACCCUCUUUUCUCUCUCUCUGUCCUAUACUAACUUGUUUCAAAUGGGAAGUAAGGAUAUGUAUUGCCCAAGGGAAAAAUAAAAAUAAGGAUGUCCCAUUGAGGGAGGGAGGGGUAGGGAGAAUCCAAAUAGUAUUUUUGUGGGGAAAUAUCUACUAUACCUUCAGUCAACUUUACCAGUAAGUCCUGGGUUGAAAGAUCACUGUCUGAAAGUGCGGUCCCUUGUUUGUACCUGAGCUGCCGUGGCAGGCACCCCUUGAGAGCCAAGGGGCUUGCCCUCUCUGCAAGGGGAGUCGCGAGUGGUGUGUUUGAUUUUUGCCCACAGGGCCUGUGCCAAGGGCCUCUGGAUCUUUAUGAAAGCAGUAUUUUCUGUGUCUCGCUUUGAUUUACAGCCUUUCUUAUUUUAAUAUUUUUUUAA